CGUCAAUUUUUUUUGAUGUUCUUGAAAUGAUGAAAACUCAAGGAGAUUAUGGUAUACAAGAGUACAUAUCUAAUCUUGAUCCUCAGGAUAUGUAGGUGAAUAUGUAUCUUGAUUAAGAGUUAACUUUUAGAAUGUAAAUAAGGGUUUGAGAGAGUUGUUGGUCUUCGAAGUCAAAGUCUUAGGUUUGAUAUUUUACAUUGUAAAAAUAUUAGAGAGUUUUGCUUCUCAUUUCUCAACUUGAGUGUGAUGGUAUGGCAAGUAUUACCUAAAAAUGAUUUUCUCUCUUUAGCUCACGGUAAUUGCUGGAAGCUGAAUGAAGGCUAUCGCUUAUUGAUCCUCUUGUGACUUGUCCCAUCAAAUUUAUUAACAUAAUGUUUCUACAACUCCAAGGUUGUUUGUACGGUCGAUCUUUAUUUUUAUUUUUAGAGGAGUGUGAUUGCUUUGUAUUGUUGUUUUGAAAUUAUUGUGGGUUUGCGCAAUCCAUAUGUUGACAUGAUUUUGGCUGGUGGCAUCACACUCCUUUGCAAUGAUCUUCAGGUAGCUUUACUUGUUUACAACUAAUUGCCUUCAAAGUGAUUGGUUGAUCCGGUUACUGGAAUUUUUAGUUUAAAUGAUUAUAUGAGGAACAUCAUCUUCAAGCAUUACACCCAUAAUUUUAGUCGUGUGUUAUGGCUCAUUAUAAAUUCAUUUUUCAAUGGUUUUGGAAUUUUUAUUUCUUUUUAGAAACUAGAAUUAUCUCUUAACUUGGUUAAAUGACAUUUGAAUAUUCGUUUUCUUGGCAGGUGGAUCCCCAAGAUAUUGUUAUGGAUAUAGCCAAAGUUCCUCUCGCUUACAUCUUUGCUGCCUUUAUUCCAGCUGUAAUGAUAGCAGGGCUUUACUUCUUUGACCACAGUGUUGCUUCACAGAAGGCGCAACAAAAGUUCAAUCUCAAGAAUCCUUCUGCUUACCAUUAUGACAUCGUCUUGUUGGGAUUCAUGACUUUGCUUUGUGGACUGAUUGGAUUUCCUCCUUCAAAUGGGGUCAUCCCACAGUCUCUGAUGCACACCAAGAGCCUAGUUGUUCUCAAACGGAAGCUAUGGAGAAGCCUAUGAUAAGAUUCAAUAUCAAUCAAGUGAGCAAUUAUAGCUAUGGAGAAGCUGAGGCAUUGACUAAUGUUAUUGAAGAAGAGAGUCAGAUUUUUUGGGAGGUCUUCAGGAUCAAAAAGAUUAUUGAUAAUUGUCAAGAUGAGGUUUAUCUUCAUAACUUCUACUGAAUCUUUCUCUUUUAUGUGAAUUUAAUUUUCAUUUCUUUAUUUUGUUGCUUCUUAAAGUUUUUUUUUGGUAAGAGCUUUGACUGAUAAAUGGGAGAUUAAGCAGAAAUUCCCUGUUACAUUCUAAUCCCAGAGUGUGCAACAUCAAAGAUGAAGACCGAGAGAGAAGAAAGGAGCAGAGAGAGAGAGGGGAAUGAUUUUGAGAGUUGGGUAUCGAGAGAGAGCAAAGAGAGAGAG